ACUGAAAGACUGCACGGCAACUUGGAAAGCAGCGAAUUCUCUACAGAAAGAAUCGAAUCUAUGGCUAUGGCUCAUAAUGGCUUCUCGACACGGCUAGGGCUUUCAUAAUGGCUUCCGACAGGUGAGUAGUUUGCUUUCCAAAUGCUCAAAGUUCAUUCUAUGCAUUUGGGCUCUGACACUAAGAAUUGGGUUGACCGGCGGCUGGACAGGGAUCUGUUUCGGGGAAGAAGGCUCCAACAUCUCGAGCAGGAUCCAGGUCGUCCAGAAGUUCCGACAUCUGGGCGAGCUAUUGUUCUGAUUUUCCAGUGAUUUUAUGGCAGACGGCUGGACAGGGAUCUGUUUCGGGGAAGAAGGCUCCAACAUCCCGAGCAGGACCCAGGUCGUCCAGAAGUUCCGAGAUCUGGGCAUCACCCGCGUCCGCCUCUACCACACUUACCAGACCACGCUCCAGGCUUUCUCCAAUAGCGGCAUUCAACUCACUGUGGGCAUAACGAACGCAAAUAUCCUCAAGGCCUCAUCAAGUGUGGGCUCUGCCAGGAGCUGGGUCGAUCGCUACAUCGUCCCUUAUGGCUCCAGUAACAUCGUCGCUGUUACGGUGGGAAACGAAGUCCUUACUUCGACGGCGAACAAUUUGAAAAACGCACUGCUGCCUUCAAUGAAGAAUCUGAGAGAGGCGCUGAAUCAGGCAGGUAAGAGUGGGAUCAAGGUCACAACAGCUCACUCUUUCGACGUCGUCACGAACACCUUCCCCCCCCAUCUAGCGGCCAGUUCGCUGACACCGGAAGGAUGCAGCCCUUGGUGAACUGGCUGGCCACGGUACGAUCCGAUUUCAUCUGCAACAUCUACCCUUACUUCACGUACAUAAACUCCAAUGGGCAAAUCACGUUGCAAUUUGGCCGUCUUGAAUCUGGUUCUGUCACAGAUUCAAACAAUGGCAAGAUAUAUACAAAUCUUCUCGCACAGCGGCUGGACGCAGUUUAUGCAGCUCUGGGGAGAUUGGGGCAGGGAAACAUGCGCGUGGUCGUUGGGGAGAUCGGCUGGCCCACUUCAGGAGGCACUGCCACAGAUACAGACAACGCUCGGAUCCACAACCAAAACCUGGUGAACGUAGCUAGAGGAGGAACGCCACUCAAGCCCAACUGGAGAAUCCAGACUUACAUUUUUGCAAUGUUCGACGAGAAUCAGAAGGCUGCUAGCUUACAGAAGAGCUGGGGAUUGUACAAUCCGAGCAACUUCCAAGCGAAGUAUACCAUCAACUUCGGAAACUCACAGACCCUUAGCAAUCGCAUCACCCAGGGAAUGAGAUUGAGUAGUGGACAGUUUGUCGAGUCCAAAAAUCAAGUGUACAAGUUAAUCAUGCAGGCUGACUGCAACUUGGUCCUGGAUCGCAUUGGUGUCGGACCUCUGUGGGCCAGCAAUACCGCUGGCUACGCCUCGGAUGGGUAUGUGGAGCUGCAAUCCGAUGGAAACGCUGUAGUUUACGGUGGCGGUGUUGCACGCUGGGCUUCGAAUACUUUGGGGCGUAAUGAUGGAGCUCACCGCAUCGACGUUCAGGACGAUGGCAACAUUGUCAUGUACAACGAAGCAAAUCAAGCCAUUUGGGCUACCAACACAGCAGGCAAUCGCAUCAUUCAGGGAAUGAGACUGAGUAGCGGACAGUUUGUCAUGUCCAAAAAUCAAGUCUACAAAUUAAUCAUGCACGCUGACUGCAAAUUGGUCCUGUAUCACAUUGGUGUCAGACCUCUGUGGACCAGCCAUACCAAUGGCAGCGCCUCGGAUGGUCACUUGCAUAUGCAAUCCGAUGGAAACGCUGUAGUUAAGAUUGGCGGUGUUUCACGCUGGACUUCGGGAACUGGCGGGCGUAAUGAUGGUACUCACCGCCUCGACGUUCAGGACGAUGGCAACCUUGUCAUGUACAAUGAGGCAAAUCAAGCCAUUUGGGCUACCAACACAGCAGGCAGUCGCAUCACCCAGGGAUCGAGACUGAGUAGCGGACAGUUUGUCAUGUCCAAGAAUAGAGUCUACAAGUUUAUCAUGCAGGCUGACUGCAACUUGGUCCUGGAUCACAUUGGUGUCGGACCUGUGUGGACCAGCAAUACCUAUGGCCUCGCCCCGGAUGGUUAUAUGGAGCUGCAAUCCGAUGGAAACGCUGUAUUGUACGGUGGCCUUGUUGCACGCUGGGCUUCCCAUACUUUUGGGCGUAAUGAUGGAGCUCACUGGAUUGACGUUCAGGACGAUGGCAACACUGUCAUGUACAACGAAGCAAAUGAAGCCAUUUGGGCUACUAACACAGCAGGGAGAUGAGAGAUUUAUGUAUUUGUUGAAAAAGAGAACAUGUGCGAUCUAUGUCCGUCAUUGAAGAACUCCAGUGACCCCGAUAAGCGAACAUCCUUAGUCCAUGGAGCUAACUAACUGCAUCGGAAAGAUUGAGCUUAGGAUGCAACUUUUCAAGUCAUAUAAAAUCUCGAGAUCACAUCGACCAUCUACAAAAUGAAGUUGCUUUCAAACACUCUGGCUUUGAUGAGAAGAAAGUUUUUCAAAUGCUUGUAAAAAAGGCCUCUGAUAAGACUUCUUUUAAAAGAGUGAACCUGUCUCGAUCCUCCUCUGGAACCAUACUUCUGCACCUAAUGCAUGUCGUUGGCUUACAGAAAGUUUUCUCUCACAUCCAACGGACUCAUCCACAACUCACGCUUAACUCACUUCACUCAUCCUCGAUUGUGCAUCAUCAAGGAAAGCAAGUUGCAGGUAGAUGAAGUGGUUGUCAAUCAGGGGCCCGUCUCGGGAUGUCUUGCCCUGUAUCUUCAUGAGGCUAACACAAGUAUCCAUCAGUCUUCGUAUUUACGGGUAUGGGAUGUGUAUCUCAUAAAUAUCAGAUAUUAUG